AUGGAUCUGGGAAUUGAUUCUGAAAAGGUGAAUCAAAAUGAAGAAACGAAUAACGCUACAAUAGUGAAUCAACUGUCCGAGUUCUUAAUAUUCAAGCGCUCGAACACCCCGACUACUUCGAAUCAGAAUAAGACAGACAUAAAUAAUUUAAUUAGGCCAUACAUAUGCGAAACAUGUGGUAGAGAAUUUCGGUUUAAAUCGUGGUUGGAUAGACAUAAAACAAUUCAUACCGGCGAAAAACAUUUCGAAUGCGUAUCUUGUAGUAAAAGAUAUAGCCGAAAACAAAUCUUAGAUAUGCACAUGCUUGCGCAGCAUAAAAAUGAUAAAGGUUACGAAAAAUAUAAGAACCUAUAUAAUAUAGGGGUGACACACACAUGCGGACAGUGUCAUAAAAAGUUUAAGAUAAAAACGGAUUUACUUAAACAUAAAAGAAUGCAUGACGAUGAAAGACCUUUUGAAUGCAAAUAUUGUGGGUUAAGAUUUACGCAUAGAAGAGACCUAAAUAAGCACAAGAAUAAAGAGCAUCCUAGUGAUGAAAGGGUACAAGGAUAA